CAUAGUGUACUUCACUAGUAUGCACAGAUAUCUGUAAUGUACAUAUCAUUGAGUGUAAGUUAGUAUAUUCAAAUACAUUAGUUAAACGCUGUUGUCAUAGGAUGCACUGGGAGUAUUUGGGAAUCUGCAAACAAUAGCUUAUUUUUCUCGCUAAGCCAUAUUUCGUGGCUGUUAUAAUGCAUUCAUAUGGGCUGUGUCUAUGAUCAGCGGUUUCCUCGUGCUCCAUCAGAGUUGAUUUCAGCAUCAGCAGCUCAUCAUGAGAAUGCGACUGAAGCUGAAGACGGUGUUUGUCCUGUACUUCACGGUGUCACUACUAGGACUCAUCUAUGCGCUGAUGCAGCUGGGUGCAGGCCAGCGCUGUGACUGUAGGGAUCCUGACAUGUCUAAAGAUCAGCAGAUCUCUCAGCUGAGAGGAGAGCUGCAGAAGCUGCAGGAACACAUCAAAACAUCAGAGCUGUCGAAGAAGACUGAUGUGCCCAGAAUUUAUGUGAUAACACCCACAUAUGCAAGACUGGUGCAGAAGGCUGAGCUCACUCGUUUGUCCCACACCUUCCUCCAUGUUCCUCAGCUGCACUGGAUCGUGGUGGAGGACGCUCCUCAGCCGACUCCGCUGGUCACAGACUUUCUGGCUGCAUCUGGCUUGACCUACACCCAUCUAUACAAGCUGACCCCCAAAGACAGGAAGCUGCAGGAGGGAGAUCCCAGCUGGCUGAAGCCCCGGGGGGCUGAGCAGAGGAACGAGGGUCUGCGCUGGCUCAGGGAGAUGGGCUCUGCUGCUAAAGGAAAGGAAGCGGCUGCACUCGAGGAGGCUGUGGUGUACUUUGCUGAUGAUGACAACACAUACAGCCUGCAGCUUUUCGAAGAGAUGCGGUACACAUACCGUGUCUCUGUGUGGCCUGUGGGUCUGGUGGGUGGGAUGAAGUUUGAGCGGCCCGUGGUGGAGGAUGGGAAGGUUGUGCGUUUCCACACUGGGUGGCGUCCCAACCGCCCGUUUCCCAUCGACAUGGCUGGUUUUGCUGUGUCCCUGAGGAUGAUCCUGACCAAUCCCCAAGCACGGUUCGACGGUGAUGCUCAGAUGGGCUUCCUGGAAAGCAGCUUCCUUCAGCACCUGGUUACUAUGGAUGACCUCGAACCCAAAGCAGACCUGUGCACUAAGGUGCUGGUGUGGCACACCCGAACUGAGAAGCCAAAGAUGAAGAGGGAAGACGCUUUGCAGAAGCAAGGGUUGGGUUCAGAUCCAGAUGUGGAGGUGUGAGCAGCUGCAGCACCUCCUCAGAACAUGCCUGAACUUCACCAAACUUCGACGCUUCCAUUGUGCCAAACAGAUUCUCUGAUUUCUCUGAUGGCAAGAGGUGAAAAUGUAAAAGUGUGAUUUCUGAGCCACACGCCAAAGACAUGAGGAAUGAGGAAAGGAAGUGAUGAAUGCAGGGGUAAAAAACUGCAAAGGAACAUGUAGCCUAAAGGAAAAUGGAUUUCUUGCAUUCCAUAAACCAUCCCUAUCACUGGUACACUUGAACAGUAUUUUAAAGAGAAUUUUACAUAUGGAAUCAAUAAAUAAGAUGAGCUUGUAUUUAUAGAUUAUAAAUGUAAUUGUACAAUGUGAGGCUUGCUUGAAAAGUAUUUAUAAUGUGAACUCAUUAUGUCUGUGCUGUCCAUGUCUCUGUUUCCUUCAGUCUAGGUGUACUUGUCUUAUGUCUUCACAUAAAGUCUUAAAGUCUUCGAUAAUAUUUUUCUUCACUGAAAAAUGGAGGAUAUAAAGAGGUCAUAUAUGGUGUCUACUUAUGCCAUGAACAAUCUUUGUUGAAUCACAAUGGUGUGCUUAUCUUUAAUCCAGUGGCAUGUUGGGUACGUGGCACUGGUGAAGCUUCAGGUUACAGUGUAAAGUACAGAUGAGAUCACUUGAUCCAGUGAAACAAAGGGUGAAAAUAUUUACAGAAUGUGAAAACAUUUAGAAUUACUGUGUUGAUGUGAAAUGUAGAUAGUGCGAGAAUGUAGUGGACAGUUCGGUUUUAGCACACUUUGUCAGAUUCCAUGUGAAUUAAACUGGCCACAGCUCAGAGGAGGUUGAGUAGUGUGCAAAAGUCCAGUUUCGGAAGUUGAACAUUUUGAUUUUUAACGAUAAUGUGUAAACUAUUAAAGACAGAUGAGGUUGUAACAUGCUUUUGAUUAAGCCAUCAGCCUGCAAUAUUUCAACUUAUUUUUAAAUAAUCAUGUUCAACAGUGGGAUUCCUGGUGAAAACCGAAUUACGCACAAUGUUGCAAAGAAUCGCAGAAUUGAAUGUAAAUAUUGCUUACAUAGUAUAGAGUCAGUCUCCCGACAUUCCCAAAUGACUUAAAUAAUUGAGCAUAUAUGUACAUUUUGCAAUAAAUGUAAAAUAAAUUGCUUCUUUAUAACAUUUAUAACAUCCUCCUGUAGUUCAAACAGUAGAGCAAGGUGCUAGAAAUGCC